ACCGCGUCCUAGGUGACCCGGGCCCGGGGUAGGCUGGUGGUUUCCAGGAGGCCUGGUGCCUCGGGACCCCGCUGACUCCCGCGUCUCCCCGCAGCCCGCCGCCGCCAUGCCCUUCUCCAAUAGCCACAACACGCUGAAGCUGCGCUUCCCGGCCGAGGACGAGUUCCCCGACCUCAGCAGCCACAACAACCACAUGGCCAAGGUGCUGACCCCCGAGCUGUACGCCGAGCUGCGCGCCAAGAGCACGCCAAGCGGCUUCACGCUGGACGAUGUCAUCCAAACCGGUGUGGACAACCCAGGCCACCCCUAUAUCAUGACUGUGGGCUGCGUGGCUGGCGACGAAGAGUCGUACGACGUGUUCAAGGAGCUCUUUGACCCCAUCAUUGAAGACCGGCACGGCGGCUACAAACCCAGCGACGAGCACAAGACCGACCUCAACCCCGACAAUCUGCAGGGCGGCGACGACCUGGACCCCAACUACGUGCUGAGCUCGCGAGUGCGCACGGGCCGCAGCAUCCGUGGCUUCUGCCUCCCCCCGCCGACUCGCACGCCGCCGGGGACGGGGCGCCCGGCCGCCCGACUCGUACGGAAAGGACUCCGUCCCGGUCCCG